AAACUCCUACUGAGAUGUCGUCUAAACCUGACGACGCUCACCAAUCGUCUACAUCAGUAAAUAAUCUGCAAACCCAAGUUUCUUCCCUGCAAUUCGAGCUGUCGGAACUGCAGCGUCGUUACGACGCCCUUUUGGAAGCCAAAGAAAGAGCUGCGGCACGAUACAAACUGGAUUACAAGAAAUGGAGGGAUUUUAAAAGAUUGAUGUACGCGGAUGAUAAAGAAGAUAGAGCACGGCGUCCCCUUGACGCGCAUAAAGACUCUAGAGUGCAUGGAAAGCGUAAACGAUUUGAAGAAAUGGGACCUAAUGUAGAUGCGUUUGAGGAUGAAGAGGAUGAGGAUAGCAUGGAAUUGGAGAAGGUCUGCUCAUUUCUAUCUUUGUAUAAUCCAGGCUUCAUGAGAAUAUCCUUCAGCCCGUAGAUAAUGACGCUGUUUCGUUGG